GCACGAAUCCCGACAUGUCUGAAGUAGUGGGUGAAACAAGUGACGGUGGCGUGUCUCUGGCUACCAACAUGGCAGACAUGACCAAGAUACGAACUCAGCUCGCAAGGAAGGAGUACAAAGAAGAGAGGAAUAUGUGGUCGCAGAAAGUUGCAACAGUUGAAUGUCACCAUUUCUUACAAGAUCUCAACCAGUGCCUCAACAACCACUUCUACUUCAAAUGUGCUGCAAAAGCAAUGACCUGGUUUAACUGCAAACACGAAGCAGCAGAAGUAUUUAAAGAGGAGUACGACAAGGUUAAAAUAAAGGAGUACAUAAAAAUGAUGAAGGAGCAAGAGGAGACAGGAAGAAUAGUGGAUGCCACGGAGUCCCACUCAGACCACCAAUUCUUCCAGAACGGAUAAUCGGCCACAUCUUGAACAGCUUCUUAAUGUUGUGGAGCCAGGAAAGCGGUUAACGUUUCAUUUAUUGAAUACAGUUUUACUCUUCGUCGGACAGUGCUGUGUCACGGAACUGUGCAAAUGCUAGAACUUUCCGGAUAAGUUCGAGUAGAAAUACUGCUUCCUACAAUUUUAUGUAUGGAGCCGUGAUGUGUCAUGUCACAGUAGAUAUUACAUAUUAUAUAAGUUACUGACUAAAGAUCAGGAGUAAAUAAAUUAAUAAAUCAACAAAAAUAGGAACCUAUCGAUCUAAUAUUAAUAUCAACUUUAAUGGUUAUUUCGAGGAGAGUACUUCUAGUUCUGAAGCAUUUUCCUUGGAUUUUGUACUAAAAACAAUAAUAUUGAAGGUUAUACAGUACAACUUAAGCGAAUGUUGUUUUCAUGGUUUCGUCUUCAUAAUUUAUAUUGACUACGUAUAAAGCGAAACUGUCUUGAAUAUAUUUGAAAUUAAUUUAUUACGGUAAUUUAAGUAUGGGUAGCACUAAAUUAUUAAAAGAUUUUUACAGUUAUUUGUGCAAUCUUGAUAGAUACGCUAA